AUGGCGACAACGCCCAUCGAACUUGCGUCAACCACCAGCACGCUUCCCACGCGCCAGAAGGCGAUUCCCUACACAUUCGCCGACGGAAGGCGGACCCCACUCUCUUCCAUCCUCCCACCCCUCGUCUUCGGUACCGCCACGUUCAACCAUCAGUACAACAGCGACCCCUUCGCGCUCGACACCACCGGUCUCGUCACCUCGGCGCUUACCCACGGUAUCCGCGCCUUCGACACGUCCCCAUACUACGGCCCCUCCGAACAACUGCUCGGCGAUGCGCUCGCAACCCCAUUCGUCCGGGAGACGUUCCCGCGCAACUCAUACAUGAUUCUGACCAAGGUCGGGCGGAUAGCAAGCGAUGAGUUUGACUACAGCAAGGAAUGGGUGCGCGACAGCGUCAACAGGAGUCUGGAGAGACUGAACACAGAGUAUCUGGACUUGGUAUACUGCCACGAUGUCGAGUUUGUGAGCCCGGCCGAGGUACUGGAAGCCAUCAAGGAGCUCCGCUGCCUUAGAGAUGAGGGCAUAAUUCGGUACAUUGGUAUCUCGGGGUACCCUCUCGAUGUGCUGGGUGACAUGGCUGAGCUCAUUCUCCGCGAGACCGGCGAGCCGCUCGAUGCGGUCCAGUCGUAUGCCAACUUCACGCUCCAGAACCAGACGCUGGCCGGUCCGCGCGGCAUCUUGCGCCUCAAAAACGCGGGCGUCGACGUCGUGCCAAACGCCUCCAUCCUGGGCAUGGGUCUCCUCCGUCGCGAAGGUGUGCCCGUCGGCGCCCUAGGCGACUUCCACCCUGCGCCUUCUUCACUGCGCGAAGCAGUGCGGAAAGCGAGCGACUUCUGCGACGACUAUGGUGAGCGCAUCGAAGUCAUCGCCAUCCGCUUUGCGCUCGAGACAUGGAUAUCAUCUGGCGCGCUGUGCGGAUCCCGUGGAGACCCCGCAUCGGGUGUGGCCUGGAAACAUGAGUCUAUAGACGACGUCGGAGGCUCCAAGCUGGGCGUCAGCGUCAUUGGUGUGUCGCGCGCCCCGGAGCUGGAGAAGACCAUGCUUGUCUGGCGAUCCAUCUUGGAUGGACUGGAGGGCGGCAAGGAGACUGCUGUGCAAGCUGGUCGCUGGUAUCGCGCGUGGGAAUGGAGCAUGAAUCGUAAGAGGGCAGUACAGAUCCUUGCGGAGGGUGUACAGGAAGUACUUGGUGACGGCUUUGGCUACGCGUGGUCAAGUCCUGAUCCAGGCUUCGUCAAUAAGAGGAAGAAGGACGCAAUAAAGGGAAUUCAGGGUGAUGCGCCAGCACCGUGGCUGACGCCCGCCGCCAGCCCGGAGGCUGUGGCUGUGAGAGAUUCAAGUGAGGUCAUGGAAGAGAAGUCGUUGCCGCUACGGUAA